AUGUGGGAUUUUCAUAUCUUACUGUCGACAAAAUUAGCUGAAGUUUUGAAAUUCAAACAACCAUUCAGAACACGUAUCUACCAUUUUGCUCUCCAACCCAAGAUGAUUAAAUAUAAUGAGUCAGUAGACCCAGAAGAUCCUCGUCUCGUAAAAGCCGUUGCUCCAGCACAAAAAUGGGAACAUACGGGGUCCAAUUUUGAUGAACUUGUCUCAAGAAUUGUGGGGAUGAUGACCAUUCGAGGCGAAAGAGAGGUGGCUAGAAAUGUAAUGCGCAUGACGUUUAGAGAAAUAAAACUAAUACAGAUGCGGAAAAACAAAAGUAUUGCAAAUAUUUCGGAAAGUAAUGCUGCUGUUAUUAAUCCCACUACUGUGAUUCAUGAAGCAGUAAAGAACUGUACACCUUUACUACUGCUACAAUCAGUACCACGUGGUGGUAUUUUGUACAAGGUUCCUGCUCCUCCAGUAUCUUCUUCGGUUGCCACGCAUACUGCAGUGAAAUUUAUUUUGGACGCAGCUAGAGGAAAGCCACGUGAUCAACGAAUAUGGAUAUCUCUGGCAAACGAAUUUAUGGUGGCUUCACAAAACCAAGGGAAAGCUGUCAAAUACAAGGUUGAAUUACAUAAACAAUGUGAAGAGAAUCGUGCAUAUGCUAAUUUUAGAUCACAUUAA